UGCGAGGAGGAGGAGCUGUCAAAGUUUCCCAGAGAAGGAAAAAACUCUUUCACUGAACGACAAAGAAAAACCUACAGAUUCUUUUAGUUUUAUACCGCGGAAUAUCGAGUGUUGUUCGCAUGGAAUGACAUCUCUGUCACGGAGCUUCAAAAUCACGAUGGCAGCCCGUUUACUGAAGUGGAUGUGUCUCACCUCUGUGCUGUGUCUGGACUACUGGGUCCUGGCGGAAAAGAAAGUAUGUCAAGGCAUCACCAACAGAUUCAACCUCCUGGGCUCAAAAGAUGACCACUACCUGAACUUGGUGAGGACCUACAGCAACUGCACCGUGGUCCUGGAAAACCUGGAGAUCACUUACAUGGAGGAGCACCGUGACCUGUCCUUCCUAAGAUCUAUAGAAGAAGUUGGUGGCUACGUCCUCAUUGCCCUCAACACAGCAUCCAGGAUUUCUCUGGAAAACCUGCGAAUCAUUCGAGGUCAUUCCCUCUAUGAAGGAAACUUUGCUCUCGCUGUGCUCGCCAAUCACGACAAAACUUCAGGAAAGGGCACCAAUGAGCUUCUUCUGACCAGUUUGACAGAAAUUCUUAAAGGAGGUGUCAUGUUUGGGCCGAGUCGUCUGUGCAAUGUGGAAACUAUACAGUGGUAUGAUAUUGUCAAUGCUGACAGCAAACCUAUUAUGGAGCUCCCACUGGCCAGCAACAACCCACGCUGUCAAAAAUGUGACUCGAGCUGCUUCAAUGGUUCAUGCUGGGCACCUGGUCCUCAAAACUGCCAGACCUUAACAAAGCUGAACUGUGCUCAGCAGUGCUCUAAAAGAUGCAAAGGACCUUCACCCAGCGACUGCUGUAAUGAGCACUGUGCUGCAGGCUGCACAGGGCCGAGAGCAACUGACUGUCUGGCCUGUCGGGAUUUCCAGGAUGACGGGGUGUGUAAGGACUCCUGCCCGGGCCUCAUGCGCUACGAUCCCAACCUGCACCAGCUGGUACCCAACCCACACGGAAAAUACAACUUCGGUGCCACCUGUGUCAAGAGCUGCCCACAUAACUAUGUUGUGACUGAUCACGGAGCAUGUGUGCGGACGUGCAGCGGUAACACAUAUGAGGUGGAUGAGGGAGGCAUCAGGAGGUGUGCCAAGUGUGAGGGACUGUGCCCAAAAGUGUGUAAUGGACUUGGAACAGGGAACAUGACUCGCAUCAUGUCCAUAAAUGCCACCAAUAUCGACUCCUUUAAAAACUGCACUAAAAUAAACGGAAAUAUAGCCAUCAUCCACACAUCAAUUCAUGGGGAUACGUACACCAAAACGCCAAAGAUGGAACCUUCCCAGCUGGAUGUUUUUAAGACAGUUAAAGAAAUCACUGGAUACUUGUGGAUUCAGACGUGGCCAGAGAACAUGACCUCACUCAGCCCCUUUGAGAAUCUGGAGAUCAUCCGAGGACGAAGUAAACGUGGGAGCCGCAGCGUGGUGAUGACUAAUCUCAACAUCGAGAGCCUCGGCCUUCGCUCCCUCAAAGAAAUCAGCGAUGGAGAUGUGGUCAUAAUUAAGAACCAGAACCUGUGCUACACAAAUAAAAGCCACUGGAGGAGGCUCUUUAAAUCAGAGAGCCAAACUGUAACCUUAGAGGAAAAUGCUGAUGCUGCUACAUGCGCUCAAAGGAACAACAUUUGUGACAGGAAGUGUACAGAUGACGGCUGCUGGGGCCCUGGCCCUGACAUGUGUUUCGCCUGCCGUGACUUCAGCCGUGAAGGGAGCUGUGUUGACUCCUGUAACAUCCUGGAGGGAGAACCGCGGGAGGCUGUCAUGAAUAAAACCUGCAUGGAGUGUCAUCCUGAGUGUCAACGCAUGAACGGGACUGCAACCUGUAGUGCACCUGGCUCUGGGAACUGUACAAAGUGUGCCAACUUCCAGGAUGGACUGUUCUGUGUGUCUCGCUGUCCACAAGGCGUGCCCGGCGAGGAUGACACACUGGUGUGGAAAUACGCAGAUGAGAUGAAAGUGUGCCAGCUCUGCCACAAAAACUGCACCCAAGGAUGUCUCGGUCAUGGUCUCGAAGGCUGCAAGGGAAGAAGCACUUCUGGUCUCUCCAUGAUUGCGGCUGGCGUGGUUGGUGGACUGCUGGCUGUUCUUAUCGCAGGCCUGUCUGUCUUUGUGCUGCUCCGUCGGCGUCACAUUAAGAGAAAGAGAACCAUGCGCCGAUUUCUCCAGGAGAGAGAGCUGGUUGAACCUCUGACGCCAAGCGGAGAGGCGCCAAAUCAGGCUCUGCUGAGGAUCCUGAAGGAACCUGAGUUUAAGAAAAUCAAAGUGCUGGGAUCAGGAGCUUUUGGUACAGUAUACAAGGGCCUGUGGGUUCCAGAGGGAGAGGACGUGAAGAUCCCUGUCGCUAUCAAGGUUCUGAGAGAGGCCACAUCACCGAAGGCAAACAAAGAGAUUCUCGACGAAGCCUAUGUGAUGGCCAGCGUCGAGCACCCCCAUGUGUGUCGCCUGCUUGGUAUCUGCCUGACCUCCACGGUGCAGCUCGUCACCCAGCUGAUGCCCUAUGGCUGCCUCCUGGACUAUGUGAAAGAGAACAAGGACAACAUCGGCUCCCAGUACCUGCUCAACUGGUGUGUGCAGAUAGCCAAGGGUAUGAACUACCUGGAGGAGCGGCACUUGGUGCACCGUGAUCUGGCAGCACGAAAUGUCCUGGUGAAGACUCCUCAGCAUGUUAAGAUCACAGACUUUGGCCUGGCCAAACUCCUCAGUGCAGAUGAGAAAGAGUAUCAUGCAGAUGGGGGGAAGGUGCCGAUUAAAUGGAUGGCUCUUGAAUCAAUCCUGAACAGAACGUACACUCACCAGAGCGACGUGUGGAGCUAUGGAGUAACAGUCUGGGAGCUGAUGACAUUUGGGACUAAACCAUACGAUGGGAUUCCAGCCAGCGAAAUAGCUGGUGUCCUCGAGAAAGGAGAGCGACUUCCUCAGCCACCAAUCUGUACUAUAGAUGUCUACAUGAUCAUGGUGAAAUGUUGGAUGAUUGAUGCAGACAGUCGACCACGUUUCAGGGAGCUAAUAGGAGAGUUCACAAAGAUGGCUCGGGAUCCUUCUCGUUAUCUGGUCAUUCAGGGGGACGACCGCAUGCACCUGCUGACUACCUCAGACCCAAAACUGUUCCGCAGCCUGAUCAGCGGGGAGGACAUGGAGGAUGCUGUGGACGCAGACGAGUACCUGGUGCCACAGCAUGGCUUCUUCAGCAGCCUGAGCACCUCUGUCACCCCGCUGCUUCACUCCACGAGUACGAACAGCAGCAUCGGAAGGUGUCAUGGCAGAAAUGGCUUAAUGAACACGUUCCCAAGCAGAGAUGGCAGCAUGGUUCUCCGGUACAUUCCUGACCCUACAGACAAAAAUUUAGACGACGCCUUCCAGCCAGCUCCAGACUACAUGAACCAGAACGGCGUCUCAGAUAUGAUGAACCCCGUCUACCAGCACCCUGGUCCUCCUCGAACCAUCCUCCCCACCAUCUCUUCAGACGACGCAGAGUCAGAGUACCUGAACUGCUUUAGAAAUGAAAACAAUGGACCCGAGUACCUCAAUGAGAUCCCAUCCCCUGCUGUCCUCCCUCUCACAUCCAACGGCACGGUCCACAGCGUUCAGAAAUACCAGCCGCAGAACAGCAUAGACAACCCAGAUUACCAACAGGACUUUACUCCCACCUUCAAAACUCACACUAACGGACACAUCCCCGCAGCAGAGAAUGCAGAGUACCUGGGACCAGACUGAGGACUUAGUGGAUUAGAAAUAGAAGCGUUCUGACUUUCCACUUAGAAAGGGCAUUGAUGUCUUGGCUGUGAGAGCAAAGCUAAGUGGUACUACCAAUUAUCAAAUACAUUGUAUCCUUUAAGGAGAUGUGAGACUUUGUGCAGCUUUCUGUGUUGUUUGCAUGCACACAAUCCCCCUCCUCUCAUUCCAAAGAUUUUUAAUCUCAGCACCAAACUAUAAACUCUCUCUUUAGCAAUGAAAGCUGGCUGCAAACACACUCCUUAGUGGCUCAGAGUUUUUCCUGCCAGGCUCACUUCUCCGACAUGCAAUCAAAAAGCUACUCUCUUCGAAAAUAAGCAGAAGAAUAAAGAACAGAAACUGGCAGCUCAACUCAAAACCUAACCUAAGGUACAUGUGUUAUAGCAUCAAACAACAGGAACAAAAUCACUCAACAGCAUCCUUCUUAAUAAACACACAGUGGUGCUUACUUGCUUGAUGUGAAGCCUUUAGGUGCUUUCACUGUGAUGAAGUCAAGAUGAUUAAAGGGAGCUUUAAAGAGCAUAAUGCUGACUGUUUGGGUCCUCAGAGGCCUGACGACACUCAUCUUUAAAGAUGAGGAAACUAAAUGUUGCGAUGUAUAGAAUGUACAGUCCAUUUAAAGGGAAAUAGUGUUGGAUUGUAAGGUUUAAAUAUGUUACCUUUAUGCUCUAAGGCAGUUCUGUAUGUUGAACAUAAGAUACUGUUUCUUUGAGGAAGAGUAGGGAUCUGUCAGCUUAUAUCUGACUUAACACUACAUUUUAGAGCAAUGGCUUUGAACUGGUGCUUUGGGACCCAAAAGUGGGUCAUGAAGCAGUUUUCAGUGGGUCACGACUAGGUGUCUGAAAAAAAAAUGGUGACAAAAAUCCUGAAGUCCUUAUUGGACAUGCAUCAAUGCUUUUUAUUUU